CGGGAGGUGUAACUGGCCACCGCGAGAGAAGAGAGGACAGUGACCGAGGCGUCCGAGUCUCCAUAACCUGGGAAGAUGGUGCUGCUGACAAUGAUUGCCCGCGUGGCCGACGGGCUUCCGCUGGCCGCUUCGAUGCAGGAGGACGAACAGUCAGGCCGAGACCUUCAGCAGUAUCAGAGUCAGGCUAAACAACUCUUUCGAAAACUGAAUGAACAGUCCCCUACCAGAUGUACCUUGGAAGCAGGAGCCAUGACUUUUCACUACAUUAUUGAGCAGGGGGUGUGUUACUUAGUCUUGUGUGAAGCUGCCUUCCCUAAGAAGUUGGCCUUUGCCUACCUGGAAGACCUGCACUCGGAAUUUGAUGAACAGCAUGGGAAGAAGGUGCCUACUGUGUCUAGGCCCUAUUCCUUCAUUGAGUUUGAUACCUUCAUUCAGAAAACCAAGAAACUCUACAUUGAUAGUCGUGCUCGGAGAAAUCUAGGCUCCAUCAACACUGAAUUGCAAGAUGUGCAGAGGAUCAUGGUGGCCAAUAUUGAAGAAGUCUUACAGCGGGGGGAAGCACUCUCAGCAUUGGACUCAAAGGCUAACAAUUUGUCCAGUCUGUCUAAGAAAUACCGCCAGGAUGCGAAGUACCUGAACAUGCGUUCCACUUACGCCAAACUUGCAGCAGUAGCUGUAUUUUUCAUCAUGUUGAUAGUGUAUGUGCGGUUUUGGUGGCUGUGAGAUGUAGUGAGCCUAGUCACUGGUAAGGGAGAAUCUAGAACCCGGCAGGUGUAUGUUUUCAGGAAACUGAGCUCACAGGGCUGUGUAUUAGAACCCAAGUGGAACUUCUGCCUCUAA